ACACAGCCAGCCUACAGCAUCCCUACCAGCCUGCUUCUUACAUUCACACACUCUCCAUUCAGCUCCCUCAUCAACACACCGAGAUAGCAGAGCGACCAGCAGCUUACUCACUAAGCUAGAGCUAAGAGGAACAGAGAGCAAGAGACAAAUAAGGGAUAAACAUACAUAAGAGAAGAUGAGGAUGCCUGUGCCCACACAGCGCCCCCUGUACCUCCUCCUGCUUCUGCUGAGUGCCGGGGGUGGGGGUCUCUCCUCCCCCCUUGAUCUGGAGCCCCCUGCUCCAGAGGCUGCUGCCCCGGUUGAGGCUGACCACACCCAGGCCACUCCCCUGCCUGACCCCUGCGAGGGACGGCCCUGUCUCAACGGAGGCGCCUGCUCGGCCCAGCCCUCCGACCCGGAGACAGAGGACACUCUGCCCAACACCUGGGCUUACAGCUGCACCUGCACCUCUGGCUUCACCGGACGCAACUGUGAGUUUUUCACAGACCCCUGUGCCAACAGCCCAUGUUUCCAUGGCAACUGCAGCCGCAGUGGUGAGAGUGAGGAGUACACCUGCGAGUGCAGCGAGGGGUACGAGGGGGAGAAGUGUGAGCAGGGCACCUUGGACCUGCUGCCUGUCUCCAACUGGGAUCCUGCCACACCCCCUGCCCCCGAACAGGCCACACCCGCCACACCCACAACCGCCACUCAGCCCUCCCAGCCAACAACAGUGUCCAGCACCACGCAGGCACCUCCGACGCUGCAACCGUGGCAGCCUAAGGCUGGACAGAGACUCUUGGUGGUGCAGUGGGAGAAAGAACAGGUGACGGAGGGACUGCACUGUGUGAGUCCUGAGCUGUGUGAGCUGACCUCUGGAACUCUGACUCUCUCUCUAGAGGUGCCUGAGGAGACUGCCAUCAAGAUCGUAGUGAAUGUGAGUGGAGCGCCCGUCCUUUGGCGUGUUGGAGAAGAUGGCUUCCAGCGUUCCUCCUUGGUGGAGGGGACCAUCAUGUGGUUCCAGCAGGCCUCAGAUGGACUGGUGGUCCCUGACCACUCUCUCCCCCUUGGACACAACUACUUCCUCAGUGUGCUGCGCGUGGGCACCCCCAGUGGCUCGGAAGUCACCCUGCGUCUCAAUCUGACAGUGAAGGCCAGCAGCUGUGUGGAGCCUGGCAGCCGCUUCAGCGACCCACAAUGCUCUGGGAAGGGGAAGUGCAUCACCCAGCCCUCUGUGAGCACCUUCUUCUGUGAGUGUGAGAAUGGUUACUCUGGAAUCUUCUGUGAGGAGUUUGAUGCCUGCCACCUCAAGCCCUGCCAGAACUACGCCAUCUGUAGUGACCUGAGGCAGGGGGACGAGGGCCACAACUUCACUUGUAUCUGCCCUCCAGGGUUCGAGGGUGGUCUUUGCCAGUUGCAGGUGGACCACUGCCUGUCUCAGCCUUGCAGGAACGGGGCUACCUGCUACAGCAGCCUGGCUGGACCCAGGUGCUACUGCCCUGAGGGGUAUCAGGGCAGUAUGUGUGAACAGAGGGUGGACCCAUGUGCCUCCAGCCCCUGCCACAACAACGGGAGCUGCUUUCCCCAGGGUCCCGGCCUGGGCUUUGGUUGCAGCUGUGCCGCAGGCUUUACCGGCCCGACCUGUGCCCAGUUGGUGGACUUCUGUGCCCUCAACCCCUGUGCCCACGGGAUUUGCCGCAGUGUGGGCACUAGCUUCAGGUGUCUGUGUGUCCCAGGGUACCAUGGUCUGUACUGUGAGGAAGAAUACAACGAGUGUCUGUCAGCCCCCUGCCAGAACUCUGCUACCUGCAGAGACCUCAUCAACGCUUACGAAUGUGCCUGCACUCCCCUGUAUGAAGGCAGACACUGUGAGAUCUACAGGGAUCCUUGUCUGAAGGCUCACUGUCAGAACGGAGGACACUGUGAGAGUGUGGGCCUCAACGCCACCUGUGUCUGCCCACCUGGUUACCUUGGGGAGGACUGUGAGGUUGACAUCAACGAGUGUGAGAGCAAUCCCUGUCAUCACGGAGGAACCUGCAUCGACCAAUCAAAUGCAUACACCUGCCACUGCCCCCCAGGCUGGGUAGGGGCCAGCUGUGAGAUACACUUGCAGUGGAAGACCACCCACCCCGAGGACACCCUGACCAACAUGCCGCGUCACUCCCUCUACAUCAUCAUCGGCGCCCUGUGCGUGGCCUUUGUCCUCAUGCUCAUCAUCCUCAUCGUGGGCAUCUGCCGCAUCAGUCGCAUCGAGUACCAGGGCUCAUCUCGCCAUGCCUACCAGGAGUUCUACAACUGCCGUAGCAUCGACAGUGAGUUCAGCAACGCCAUCGCCUCCAUCCGCCACGCCAGAUUUGGGAAGAAGUCCCGGCCGGCAAUGUACGACGCUUCACCCAUCACCUACGAGGACUACAGCCCUGACGACAAGCCCCUGGUCACUCUGAUCAAAACAAAAGAUUUGUAGAAAACACAGCGGCAACACACCCACCCACACACAGUAUCACGCAUUACCUGUUCACACACACACAACUAACUGCACGUGUUCGGCCGUGCACCAAUACACACAAAUUCAGUUAAUGCAAACCAUUUAGUAUUUCUUUAGAUAAAUUUGAACAAAAUAAAUGUAGUGGAGAAAAAACCCAAACAAUAGUUAUGUGGGAAAUCUGUUGGAAUAUCCAUUAAGCUACUGUAACAUUACCCAGGAUGCCAUUGGGUUCCUAGAGGGGGUGGUUCCUGAUGUCCCUCACCGACCCAUGAGCUCAGUUUAAAGUGUAGAUUCAGCAGAGGCUGUCGAUAGGAGUUCUUACAGGUGUGGUAGAAAUAGGUGCACUUGUUAUAGUGCAGUACGAUAUAUCUUUCUAUAUAAAAAAUCUACAGUAGGUUGCCUUACUUGGUGCAUGGGUAGAUUCAAUGUUUUCUGCAUAAUUUUGAAACCCUUCGUAUAUUGUGAUUGAUUUACUGUGUCUUUGCCAGGUUUAUGGCAAAAUCGUCACCUCCUUCAGGCUACAACGUCGGGGUAGAGGUAGAAGAGAUGUACACUAUGGAGGGAAGCUUUAGAACAGCAUUUUAAAAAACAUUGGUUGUCAUGUUUUUAUUAUUUACAUGCAAGUUCUGUACAAAUAAAGGAAGAGUAAUAAUUGUGUUUUUUGCAGGAGUGGUCGGAGUAGCCAGUGGGCGGGUCUUGUGUGGAUGAUUGACAGCUGGGGGUCAGCUGGUGGGUCUGCUCCAGUAAUAUAUGUGCUUCUGUGUCCCAGGUAUAGGUGUCUCUCUCUCUCUCUCUCUCUGUCUCUCUCUCUCUCUCUCUGUCUGUGUGCGGUUGUGUUGUUCCACUCAGGGUCAACCCCUGGGUGCAUUCGUUUGGGGCGCCGGAUGGGCGGCACAUUUUAGACCAUUCCAUUGGUUCUUUAUAAAUCUCCGCCCACCCGGAGCACCGAGUGAGCUCUCCACUUGACUGAUGUUUUGCCUACUAGGGUCGUCUUUUUUUAAAAGAGAAGAACCACAUGAUUAUUAUCUAUGUUCAAUGAUGUAACAAUAAAGGUUGAAGUGAACACAAACCCA